UUAUUAACUUAUUUAUUGAAGCAAAAGGAGAUAUUUAGUAAGAACCAUACAGAUCUAAAAACAAAAAUCUGGAUUGAAUAUUAAGAAAUUUUCCUCAUUGACCUCUCUUUAAAUUGUUACCAAGGAAACGUUUACAAAUUUUAUAAUUUUCACUGUUUACAUUGAAAAAAUUAUGUGUUUACAUCAUCUGCACAAUUAUUUCUCAUAUUAUUAUUAAUGAUUAUUUUCAAUGUGAAUAAAUGGGAAACUUAAAAAUAAGUAAUUUCGUGAAAUUUGCCAAAACAGACUUAUUUAUACCAAUAUGUCGAGAAAUAUUAUGACAAUUACUAAAUGGUUACCAUUGGAAAGUGAAGAACACAUGAAUUUAUUUAGUGGAUGCAGACAAUUAGAACAUUCAGCAAUUAAGCUUUUCGAAAAUAUUGAAAAAUUUGUUUGGAAUAUUGAAACUUGUACUAACGAUCCAGAAGCCAUUAUUACCGGAGAAUAUAUACUAAAGGAACUGGAAACCCUUGCAAACGAAGUGGAAAGUACUGUAGACAGUUUUAAAAAAGUUUUUAAUAAACUGAACAUAACUGGUCCCCCCAUAGCAUCUUUUAAAUCAUCUUAUUGGCAAAAUACUCUGCAGAAAGCAAAGAUCAAGCUUUUAUAUUCAAUAAGAAAACUUGUGCAGAAACUUUUAAGUUUGUUUGUUAAUUAUGGGCAAAAUUUUUUGAUUCUCAUUUUAAGGAUUUCAAACAUGUACAACGAAUGUUUGGACAUAGACAAUAAACAAAAAUUAUCAGAAGACGCCUGUAUAUGUAGUAAUAUGUGUCCCUAUUUAUUGUACCCCUUAAAAAGGAUUUCCGUAUCAACUUUAUUACAAAUAUUAUCCCAAAAUAGGGCUGAAACAUGCUGUCAUAAACUCAUUGACUGUUUACUGGAUGUUUACAAGUCUUAUGAUGCCACUGAAGAGGACAGUACGUCUGAUAGUUCAAGUGUUGAAAUUUACAAGGCCAUUGCAAACCACAUGUCUCCACUACAGGCUGCUGAAAAUGCAUCUAAAAGUAAAUUUGAAGAAAUGCAAACAGAUCACUGCUUUAUAGCAAUUGAGGAAUUAUUGGCCAGUGAAGAAAACAAAGCUUUACAAAUAUUGAUAAAAACUAAAGAAAUUUCUCCAAAUAUGCUAGAUAAAGAUAUCAUAACGAGACCAAAAUAUUCAAGUGAAAUUGAAAUCAAGGAAGAUGCUAAAAAAGCAUUACUAAAUUAUUAUCAAUUAAUAUUAUGGAUUGAGGUGGGGACUUUCUUAGAGCACGUUAUACUCUGGUGGGGUGCGUCUCCCUUAAGUGCAAGACCACCUCAUUCCAGUCAACAUUUAAGAGAAUGGAUAAACCAAUUAAUACCAAAAGUUAAGUUACCAGACUUUGUCCUGGCGGCACUUACCAGUUUGGCAGAUGCUUUAGGCGUCCACGUUGUUUUGACUUCAUGGGAUCAACAAUUUCAAUUAGCUUUAAUCGCUUCGAAGGCUCCUUACACACUUCAAACUGGACGCCUGUUCAGUACCAUGCUGAGUAAUCUCGUGUAUUUGUGUAACCAGUGCGAAGUCACCAACGAUUGGAUUUUGGGGGCCCCAUUGGAUGAACUACCAUUAGUGGAACAGAUACCAAUUUUUCAUAGAUUAGAUCAUUCGAUACAUACAACAAGAUUAUGGGCAAUGGGCGAAACAAAAAGACUGGCAAACAAUUGGGAUGUCGACAAUUUUUUUAUGAUUACACAUUGUGAUAUAAAUAAUUUCUUAGGGCAAUUGGACGACCUCCGAAUGGCUUGCCAUUUGCCAGAAAUUCAGAAAGGGGGCUUGGGGGUUCACGUAGAAGUGUGCGCAAAAAUGAGGGAGAAACUGAUAUCCGAAGUAAAAGAAAACCAUGAAAAGUUAAAAGCAGCUCCUAAACUUUGCGUGGACAACUUGUGUAAAAUCUGCAGGACAGUGAGUUUGGCUCAUCUACAAAUGAUUUUUCCCAAUAAUAAGUACUGGAAACAAGUUGGUCAGAAAAUGCCUGACCAGCCAAGUCCAUACAUUGAGCAAUAUUUAAACGAAGUGCUGGCCCCACUUCUGAUGGCGACACACGACGUGAACAUAAGCAACAUGGUAUUAAAAAUAAUGUGCGAAUGUUUAUUGGACCAUAUUUAUGCAAAUAAAAUAAAGUUUUCUCAUUACGGUGCUUAUCAACUCUUGACAGACUUUUACUCUAUUGGAACGUGGAUCGUAAAUUGCAAAGAUAUCAGUCAAGAAACGCGAAAGAAAAUGUUAAGGAACGAAGUACUCAGAAGGUGCGAGGGGGUUGGAAAAUUAUUGCUAAGAUCGCCUGGGGAAAAGAUAAAAAUGGAGGAUAAGUUUCAAAAAAUGGAAGAUUAUGGUUCAGAUAGUUCAGACAGCACACAGUUGAUGCCUGCAGAAAUGUAUGUGCCUAAUCAACAGCAAUGGUUAGCACUGAGGGCUCGAAAGAGAAGUCGCUUAUUUACGGUUGCCACUUGUUGUAAUAAUAAUUCAGAUUGAUAUUGUUGUUCUUGCUAUACAAUAAAUUUAAAUUAUUUAUUUUUAAUAAA